CAUCUCCUCGGCAACAAGUGCAAUUGCAUCGAUGGGAAGUACUACAUGCCUGGUUCAGACCAAUGCGUUCAAGACAAGGACGACUGUAUACUUAAAAGUCCGGACAGUGAUUUUCCAAGUGAGGGAUGCGCGAAGUGCCGAUGUCCAGAUGGAGGAAACAAUUGUCAUCUUUUCGGCAACAAGUGCAAUUGCAUCGAUGGGAAGUACUACAUGCCUGGUUCAAACCAGUGUGUCCAAGACAAAGAUGACUGUAUACUUGGCAGCCCCUUAAGUGGCGUUGCAAAGAAUGGAUGCGCCAAGUGCCAAUGUCCAAAUGGAGAAAGUAAUUGUCAUCUUCUUGGCAGCAAGUGUGAAUGCAGAAAUGGGAAUUACUACAUGCCUCGUUCAGAAAUAUGCGUCCAAGACAGCGAACACUGUAUACUUGUAGGCCCCUCAAGUGGCGUUGCAAAGGGUGGAUGCGCCAAGUGCCAGUGUCCAAAUGGAAAAAGCAAUUGUCAUCUUCUUGGCAGCAAGUGCGAAUGCAGAAAUGGGAAUUACUACAUGCCUGAUUCAGAAAUAUGCGUCCAAGACAGCAAAAUCUGUAUACUUGGAAGCACCGUAAGUGGCGGUUGCGCCAAGUGCCGAUGUCCGGAUGGAGGAAAGAAGUGUCAUCUCCUUGGCAACAAGUGCGAUUGCGUUAAUGGGAGGUACUACAUACCUGGUUUAAACCGAUGCGUCCUGAGCGAGAAAGAAUGUAUACUUGACGCGCCCGCAAGCACCCACUGCGCCAAGUGUCGUUGUCCAGGUGGAGGGGACAACUGCCUACUUAUUGGCAACAAAUGUGAUUGCUUCUUGGGAAAGUACUACCUGCCUGGUUCGCCACGGUGCGUCGAAAAUGCGAAAGACUGUGAGCUUGUAAACCCCCUGAGUGAAUGCGCCAAAUGCCGAUGUCCAAAUGAAGAAGACCAUUGUCACCUUCUUGGAAACAAGUGCGAGUGCAUCCAAGGAAAGUACUACAUGCCCGAUUCUGACCAAUGCGUCCGAAAUACAGAUGAUUGUAUACUUGCCAACCCCGUAGGAACUCGCUGCGCCCAGUGCAAAUGCCCAGCUGGAGUAAGCAGUUGUCUUCUCAUUGGCAACAAGUGCAACUGCUACAAUGGGAAGUACUACAAGUCUGGUUCAGACCAGUGCGUCGAAAAUGUGGAGGACUGUGUGUUCGUAAACCCCGUGAGAGAUAAUUGUGCGCCGUGCCGUUGUCCUGAUGGAGGAAGAAAUUGUCAUCUCUAUGGCAACAAAUGCAAGUGCAUAAAUGGGCAGUACUUCAUGCCUGGUUCAGACCAAUGCGUCCAAGAUGCGGAUGACUGUGAGCUUGUCAACCCCAUCAGUUCCUGUACACCAUGUGAGUGUGGUGACGAUAAAACCUCGUGCUCGGUAGCUGGGAGCAGCUGCCGAUGCGUCAACGGGAUGAUGUACGAACCCGACCGGGAUGUGUGUGCCGAGGAUCUCACGAAAUGCGAAUUUUACACAAAAAGUUCCUGUACACCAUGUGAGUGUGGUGACGAUAGAACCUCGUGCUCGGUAGCUGGGAGCAGCUGCCGAUGCGUCAACGGGAUGAUGUACGAACCCGACCGGGAUGUGUGUGCCGAAGAUCUCGCGAAAUGCGAAUUUUACACAAAAAGUUCCUGUACACCAUGUGAGUGUGGUGACGAUAGAACCUCGUGCUCGGUAGCUGGGAGCAGCUGCCGAUGCGUCAACGGGAUGAUGUACGAACCCGACCGGGAUGUGUGUGCCGAAGAUCUCGCGAAAUGCGAAUUUUACACAAAAAGUUCCUGUACACCAUGUGAGUGUGGUGACGAUAGAACCUCGUGCUCGGUAGCUGGGAGCAGCUGCCGAUGCGUCAACGGGAUGAUGUACGAACCCGACCGGGAUGUGUGUGCCGAAGAUCUCACGAAAUGCGAAUUUUACCAAAAAAGAGGCCGGAGCUCGAAGUACGGAUCUCAGCCUGUGGUGGUGGUGGUCAGCCGCCCCCUUUCACCGUUCCGUCGUGCCGACAUAAUCAGACGCUGCAAGACGUGCGAAUGCGGAAACGGCAGUCGCACGUGUUCAAUCUCUGGCAGUAGCUGUCGAUGCGUGAACGGUGAAGUGUACGAACCUCACCGCGACGAGUGUGCUCAGGACUUGGCACGCUGCGAAUUUCACGGAAGAUCGAGAGGAGCCCCAACGUCAUUCAGGAACCCGGUUGUCAUCGUGGGGUAAAGUGAUAUCGACAGGAAAAAAACAGCGGAGCACAACUGAAAUUCUUGGGAGCCUCAAAGGAGUCGCGGGAGCAGCAC